UGAGUACACGCCCACUUCUGCGGUAUAGCUGGAGCACCUCGAUGGACGGGCGAGGAAAACCUAGGACCAAAACGAUGAAGCUUUCCUAAGGGGUUACAGCGAAGUAACUCCCGUGGCUACCGACCGGAGUCAUCUCCAUGACCAAAGACGCCACACCAAAACGAAAGAGGCAAAGGCAGCAAUCAUGCAAUUCAAAUACAGACGAAUUUAAGCAACUCAUCGUUCUUCAAGGUUACAUCGCCUGAACACGCACCGCAUCCUUCUUGUCCGAGACCAGCUGUCAUCCGUCAUAACAAUGUCCGUGGAAGAUCAGGGCUACUCCGACCCUCUGCUCUUGCUCCAGGCCGGUCCAGAGUGGAUGCGGUCCGAGAUCCAGCGCCUGUCCCGAGAAUUGGGCGAAACCACCAACGAGAAGAUCCAGGCGGCUGAGUACGGGCUGGCGGUACUGGAGGAGAAACAGCAGCUCAAACAGCAGUACGACGAGCUGGAGAUCGACUAUGAAGGUGUAAGGCAAGAGCUCGAUUUGCUCAAAGAGGCAUUUGGACAAGCCUACUCCAACCACCGAAAAGUGGCAGCGGACGGGGAGAGCCGUGAGGAGUCCCUUAUCCAGGAGUCGGCUUGUAAGGAGGCCUACUAUGAGCAGAGGGUCCUUGAACUGCAAAAUGAGCUCCGGCAAACUCGUAAUAUUCUUACCAACGCCCAGUCUGAGAAUGAACGUCUGAGCACAAUCUCACAAGAGAUAAGAGAGAGCAGCCAGAUGUUGGAGCUCCAGAGGAACCAGUUGCGUGAUGACAUCAAGGAGUACAAGUUCCGCGAGGCUCGUCUGCUGCAGGACUACAGCGAGUUGGAGGAGGAAAACAUCUCGUUGCAGAAGCAGGUCUCGGGGCUCAGGCAGGGCCAGGUUGAAUUUGAGGGUUUGAAGCAUGAAAGCCGUCGUCUGGAGGAGGAUAUGCAGUUCCUGAACAGCCAACUGGAGGAUGCCAUCCGCCUGAAGGAGAUUGCUGAGCGCCAGCUUAGUGAAGCUCUCGAGACCAUCAAGACUGAGCGUGAGCUGAAAGCCUCCCUGAGGAAGGAGUUGUCCCACUACAUGAACAUUGGUGACACUCUCUACAACAGCAUCUCUCUGGAUGGCCUCAAAUUCUCCGACGAUGCCAACACCGAACCCAACAACGACGACGCUCUUCACGGUUACGAGAAUGGCUUCAGCAAGCUGCUUACUGACGACAACCGCAUGUUCAAAAAGGAAGAGCUGUUUAACCCAGCACCCGGUCUUGUGGAUGACCUACUAAGCGAGCUGAACAUCUCUGAGAUCCAGAAGCUUAAGCAGCAACUGAUUCAGAUGGAGCGUGAGAAGGUCAACCUGCUGUCCACUCUUCAGGAUUCCCAGAAACAACUUGAGCAGGCCAACGGCGCUCUGUCCGAGCACCAGGAGAAGGUGAACCGUCUGACAGAGAACCUUAAUGCCAUCCGCAAGCUUCAGGCCAGCAAGGAGCGCCAGUCGGCCCUGGAUAAUGAGAAGGAACGCGACAGCAAUGAAGAUGGAGACUACUACGAGGUGGACAUCAAUGGGCCUGAGAUCCUGGAGUGCAAAUACAAGGUUGCAGUUUCAGAAGCUGGAGAGCUGAAGGAAGAACUCAAGACUCUAAAGGCAGAGUACCAGGCAUGUCAGUCCCGCUAUGAAGAGGAGCGUAACCGGCUGGAGAACGAUGUCACUACGCUCGGAGAGAAGCUGUCCACUCUGGAGGAGACAAGAGGUUUAGAGAAAGACGAGAAGGAAAAGAUGGAGAAGGAGCUGCGCAAGCUAAGCGACGUGGCCGGUGAAUCUCAGGGCAGCCUGAAUGUGGCUCAAGACGAGCUGGUCACGUUCAGCGAAGAACUGGCGACACUCUACAACCACGUGUGCAUGUGCAACAAUGAGACCCCCAACCGCGUCAUGCUCGACUUCUACAAAGAGGGCAAGGGCGGGCGUAGCAGCCCUGAAGGCCGCGGCCGCCGCUCUCCCAUCCUGCUCACCAAGGGCCUCUUCCCCGAGCCCCUUAAGACCGAGCCCAACGAUGGUGCUCCGUCUCUGCCUUCUCCAGUGUCCGACCACCGUCGCGAGCCCAUGAACAUCUACAAUUUGGUGGCCAUCAUAAGGGACCAGAUCAAGCACUUGCAACUAGCCGUAGACCGCACCACAGUGCUGUCGCGCCAGAGGGUGGCUUCUCUGGAGCUCGGCGCCGUGGCCGACAAGGACAAAGUGGCCUGCAUGGAGGAGAUCCUCAAACUGAAAUCCCUCCUCAGCACAAAGAGGGAACAGAUUGCUACUCUGAGGACUGUUCUGAAGGCUAACAAGCAGACUGCUGAAGUUGCUCUCGCCAACCUGAAGAGCAAGUACGAAAACGAGAAGGCUAUGGUGACUGAGACCAUGAUGAGAUUGAGGAAUGAGCUCAAAACCCUUAAGGAGGACGCGGCCACUUUUUCCUCCCUCCGAGCUAUGUUUGCCACACGGUGUGACGAAUAUGUCAGUCAGUUGGAAGCCAUGCAGCGACAGCUGGCUGCGGCAGAGGAUGAAAAGAAGACCCUCAACUCUCUUCUGAGGAUGGCCAUCCACCAGAAGCUGGCUCUGACGCAGCGCCUAGAAGACAUGGAGUUCGACCACGAGCAGAUCCGCCGCCCCAAAACCCGCAAGGCCACCUCAAGCGCUGCUGGCAACCCUAACCAGGGUCUCACCUGCGGUGGCUUGGGCCAUGCCGAGCACGGCAACGCCACGCCGGGCGGCCUCCUGGGAGGCCCCAUGGUCUUCUGCAGCGAGAAGUACAAGAUCUACUGCGAUUGAAGCGGCUGCUGAGUCUGCUGUGUACAGAGGGGAGGGGGCGGGUCUUAGGGCCAGACCCUUCCUGCCAUAGUGUUUAAGAGCCCCACUCGCUCGCUUUGCUCUCUGGUCGGCCUGUGCUCCUCUAGGGACUACUGUGUGAUUAACCAUCUGCUUGUGUGUGCUAGUGUAAAGGCUUGCCGAUCCGUAGGUGGACUGUACAGCGUUCACGAGACGUCGGGACGGUAGUAGACAAACAAGGCAUGUUUGGAUUGUGCGGUCCUGAUGAUGUUCAGAGGACUUUGUGGAUCUACCGGCGUGUCUAUUCUUUCCAUCGUCUUUGUGCUGUACAUAGGAAGCACAAGGUGGCGUUUGCGCUUUGUGCUUCUGCCUCCUGAGUGUGUUUGUUGCCCGGCAACAAUGACACAUUACGGAGGAGGAUGCGUUGAACGGGAGGAUGUCCAUAAAUGAUCUGUUGGCACGGGUGCUCCUUGCAAAGCUCAGCUCACCACUGUUAAAUGUUUACGUAAUGAUUGAACAAAAUGAUGCAAUCUCACCCCGUGAGGGGGAGUGCUGUUUGAAUCAAUAGAUGAAAAUCAGGAUUUUUAUUUCAUUUUAUUUUUAAACCAAGCGGAGUAAAGGAGCACCUGUGACCGCGGCCGUUUGAUUUCAGGAUCGCUUUGGAAGUUCACGCUAGCUCGGGCACAGUAGAAACGCAUGGCUUUGCAGCUGUAUGAGCUUUUUAAGUGCUUUUCCGUUCUCGAGCUGCACGGUUAACUCGUCAGUGAGGAGUUAGUUGUGCGCUGAAAUGUAAAGGGAGGGGAGGGCGGGGGUCUCUCCAAUGUGACCUCGCUAAGUCGCAUUGGAUUUUUUUUUCCCAGCCAUAUGAGGAGGGAGACGGCAUAUUUGACAAAUCGAUCUCCAAACCUAAAAUAAGUGCGCUUCAGCAUACUCUUGGUGCCUCAGGUUCAACCUUUUGGCAAAAAAUGGAUUUUCUUGAUUACUGUGAAGAGAGACGCACGCUAUAUAGUUUGGAACAAAAAUGAUGACAGUAUUUUCAAUCCUAAAAGAGCACAAAUUGGAUGAUGAAUCUCCAGACAAACAAAGCAUGCGGCCAAAGUGCCUGACAAAGGGAACACUUGAUAUGUUUAUCUGACGAUGUGAAAUCCUGACCUUGUGUCCAACUCUCCCUUCCUCUCUUGUCCCCAAUUAGCCACGAGCAGCAUUUUAGAUUGCCAGCAUCCCUCCCAAGGUCAACUUUCAAGUACAAGAGUUUGUGUGCGUGUUACUGAUGUUUUUUUUCUUUCUUUUGUAUGUGAGGACAGAGCUGUUUUAGUAGCCAGAAUAGCUUUAACCGAUUGCCGAACUUUUGUUACGCAAAUAGUAAAAAACACGAGUGGGGCUUGUGUUUAAUCCUCAAUGUAUUGCUGGUGAAUCAUAAAAAUAUUAGGUUUAUGAUUCAUAAAAAAAAAAAAAAAAAAGCAGGGUUGAUGCGAAGGAUCCCUGCAAGAUUGAGGAAAUUUUGCAAUUUCUUUUUUGUACUACCAAUAUAUAAGAAACUCUAUAUUCUUAAUACGAUCUCAUUCAGGUGAACAAUCUUGCAGGAUCCGCUACAGUAUUUGUUGCUCUCCAAUGCAAAGAGAGCGACGUAAUGUCAGCGCCGCGUCAACCCUGCUUGAGUAAAAGCGACCGCUCACCGCAUGGAGACGAGCGGGAGAAGAUAAGCAUAAGAAAACCUUCUUUGGAGGUUCGUCACUCUUCUGUUGACUUUUCACGUAACCCACAUGUACGACAGUGAUGGAGAGAAGUAGAGGACGGAGAGAUAGUUGUUAAUGUGGAUUGAAGAGAAUUAAAAAAAAAAGAGGGCUGGUUGUUUAACCUCUAGGUAGAAACUCAGAAAAAGCUGAGCCCAGGAUAUGUGGUUUUGGCUUGGAUUCUAAACCUGUGUCCAUCUGACAUGACAUCAUCAUAGCAUGUCACCUGAUAGCCUCCUACCUCUUCGUCUUUCCGUCGCUCGAUCCACUAUCAUAUUUAAAAAAAAAAAAAACAUCCUGCAUGUCAAAAGCACUACUCAUGAAUUUAUGUACAAUUAAAAAAAAUCAUCUCUGCUCGUGCACUGAAAGAAAACAAAUUUGGGUGAGCUCAAAAUUUCAAGGCAACAAACAGCUACAAUUUUGUGUUGGGCAUUUCAACAAAAUAUUUGAUAUUUCGCUGUUGUGAAAAUUGGCUUGACCGUGUUUCACAACAAAGAGGUCAGAGAAGUGUGUUGUCUCUGAACGUAAAAGAUGAAAGCAAAAAACAGCUCUGCAAAUUAUUUUGGAGCAAACUAAUUGCUUUGUUGUCGCUAACUAACAUUGUUGCAAUAAAUGUCAGUCAAUUGAAAUUACCGAACGGCUUCAGUAAGAUCACAAAAAGUCACGUGAACUGAUUUGGAUUGGCUCCCACCAGUGUAAAUCCGGGAGAGAUGUUUUUUUUGUCCCAUUUUUUGUUUGUUUUUAAAUCUGUGCACUUUCAUAAUAUAGAAUUGUAACCAAUUAUGAUUAACCCUUUAGGAAAGUGUGGUAGUACUAUGGUUUGUGAGAUAUUUAAUAUAAGAUAUUACAAAGAUAGUUACAAGUAUGUGCGUCCAACAAAAUAUGUCCUCGACUAAAGUUUACUUCACAAACCACAGAGCUACAACUUUUGCCUAAUCCUAAAGGAGUGAUACAUCAAGUUACUCAUUCUUUCACUUGAUACCUUUCCUCAUUUGUUGUGCUGUUAUUUAUCUGUUAUGUUCGUUCUACUGCCAUAUUUGCCACAAAAAUCCAGGGUGACCUAAUUCUGGGGUUUUUUGCAUAUUUAUUAUUCCUAGGAAUAGUUCAAAAUAACUCGAUGAAACUUGACAACGCUCUCGCGUGAAUCGGUAAGUUACGUCUCGGGGGAAAUUUUGGAGCGACUUGAUUUUUCCCGAGCUUCUUACCGAGGGCGUUCCAUUGAAACGGGAAUCACUGACCUUCAGAAUUCUUUGCAAUAGCGACCAUUAAAUUCCAAAUUGGAAUUGUUUCAUUCUCUCUUGAUUUAUCGUGCCAAAUCUUGGUACACCAUUUUUGGUCUGACAAACAAGCACCGACUGCAAAAGGUGUCAGUCGGGCUGAGGAGCUUUUUGCUUUCUUUUGUUCUUUGUUUCCGACCAGUAGUGCCUUUCAUUGUUUCAAGGGAGAAUUUUAGACGAGCGUUUUAUGUUUUUUUGUCUCUCCGGGCCGUCGAGGGGCUCGGGAAUCAAAAUGACUAUGAGCAGCAAUAAGCGAAAUCGUGCCCCUUUCUGCAUGAUUAAGAUCAUUUUAGAAUUAGCUGAGUAAAUCCAAGAUUGUUUUGAAUUGUGCAGGUCAGUGAAUCCUCUCAGUAAAUUCAGGGGUAUUAACAAAAUGUUUUGUUUUCCAAUCAAACUUUGAGAACCAAAAGUCCCUUUGGCCUCCUGUUGUUGAACAAACGGCUCCAAGCAUCUUUAGUGUGUUUGUGUAGCUAAGUGUGUUAUUGGAAACUACAAGCGUUGUUUGGUGAAGGUCAUAAGGUAUUGAUAGUAUUAUUGGAGGGAAAAAAUGUGCAGAGAGCGCAUUUUAUCUUGUGUUAUUUGCAAAUCUUUUGUCUUUUUUUUUUUUUUACACAUUAUUAAGCAAUUUGUUUUCAGGAAACAGAAAACUAAAUUAGCAUCAACAAGCGUCAAUAGUGCCAUGCUAGCCAGUGCUCGUUUGUUGAGGCGUCAAAAGUUUAAAAAUUGAAGUGAAGCUAACGGAAAAAAGUGCAAUUCUGAUACUGUUAGAGUUUAAAAAAAAAAAAAAAACGUUUUCUGUUUGCUGGAAGCGGCGGCAUUGUGAUAAUUAAACUAGCCGUGCAAACUUUAUAUUGUCAUAUUGUGUUUUCAGUAUUGAUCCAUAAUAAGAGUUUGAUAUCUUUAUAUAAAAUAAUGACUUCAUCUGUACGUUAAUAUUUAUUUGACUUGUCAUGCAGUACUGUAUUCUUAUCAAUAAUGUGCAUUAUGAUUAGUGGUCUUUAUUACAACUAAAUGUCAUAUGCAUGUUUAUCAGCUAAUGGGACCUUUACACAGCGGUGAAAACAAAACAGGUAAACCUUUUAGGGUUUGGGGAAAUUAGAAAAUAAAUUAAGUGAGAUGAAUCAGAUGUAUUACUGCUGAACUAACCCGGUUAAAGUGUUUGGUUUGUUUUCCAGCUCGGAUGUGGUCCAAACUGUGUAAAGGUAGUCAUGCUGGCAAAAAUCAAUAAAAGUGACUUAAGUCGCA